AGCUCGAACUAGUAGUUGAUCUGGUUGCCAGUGAUGGAAAACUCAAGCAAGUUUCAACUUCAGAGAACUCUUUCUAUUCAGUCCUGCUUCCUGGAACUAAACUCUAUACCGGCCUCUGGUGGUGCCGAAGAAUCUGACUUGAACAACACUGGAAUCACUUCUUACCCUCCUGUUCCAGUUCAGCUAACCUACUGUUUCAAUGUUCAAAUCCCAAAUCAAACUUUCAUGCAUUCCGUUCCUGCCGAGACACAAGCACAUCGUUUUUCAUUUUCGGAGGGAGCCGAGGGGACUAAUUCAGCCAGGAAUCUUGCAUUGUACGUGCCUCUGUACCUUGCUGCACUCAAGGGUGAUUGGGAAGAAGCAAAAAAAAUUUUCAAUCUACAUCCACAAGCAAUAACUGCAAGGAUCACAAACGGAGGGGAAAGUGUUCUGCAUAUUGCAGCAGGCGCAAAACAGAUAAUAUUUGUAGAAGAAUUGGUCAAAAUAAUGAAUCCAUUGGAUUUGGCACUUAAAAAUAAGUAUGAAAAUACUGCACUUUGCUUUGCUGUUGCAUCUGGUAUUACAAAAAUUGCAGAGUUAAUGGUAGCAAAAAACAGAUACUUGCCUAUGAUAAGAGGUAUCAAUGGAGUGACAGCCCUACACAUUGCUGCUUUAUUGGGAUACAGAGACAUGGUCUGGUAUAUUUCUUCGGUAACGGAUAGCCAAUUUCUUACCAAAGAGGACUAUGUUGGACUACUAAUUGCAACUAUUAGCUCUGAUUUAUAUGAUGUUGCUCUGCAUAUACUUGAACAGAAACCAGAACUAGCCAUUGAAAGAGAUCCCAGUGGCGAGACAGCACUUCAUGUUCUAGCACGAAAGACUCCAGCAUUUUCAGGCAAAAGUGAACUAGGAAUCUGGAAGAGAUUCCUCAUAACUCUAGGAAUCCAGGGAGCCAUUGAGAAAACGCUGAUGCAAUCCCAAGCCCUGGAGUUGGUAAAAUUCUUGUGGAAACAGGUUCUCUUCUUAUUGGAUGAUUCAGAAAUUGGGAAGUUACUCAGGAGCCCUUCACGACCAUUGUUCAUAGCUACAGAAUUUGGAAACUUUCAGUUCAUUAGGGAGCUUCUUCUCUCCUGUCCUGAUCUCAUUUGGAAAGUUGAUGAGCAAAGUCGAAGCAUUUUUGACAUUGCUGUUAUUCAUCGCCAAGAAAAAAUCUUCAAACUUCUUUAUGACAUAGGAGCAUACAAAGAUUUGAUCACAUCCUAUAAGAACCCCAGCAAUUGUAACAUGUUGCACUUGGCUGCAAACUUGGCUCCUUCAAACAGACUUAAUAUUGUCUCUGGUGCAGCACUUCAAAUGCAACGGGAGUUGCUAUGGUUUAAGGAAGUUGAGAAGAAUAUGCUGCCAUUAUACAAGGAAAUGAAAGACUCAGAAGGUAGAACACCCCAAAUGCUAUUUACUCAGGAACACAAGGGAUUAGUAGAGAGUGGGGAGAAAUGGAUGAAGGAUACAGCAUCGUCCUGCAUGCUUGUUGCAACACUUAUUACUACAGUAAUGUUUGCCGCAAUUUUUACAGUACCAGGAGGCAACAACAAUGAUACAGGAACCCCUAUGUUCCUUAAGGACAAGUCAUUUAUAAUUUUCUCCAUGUCAGAUGCACUAGCUCUGUUCUCCUCUGUGACAUCUAUAUUGAUGUUCUUAUCUAUCCUCACCUCGCGUUAUGCUGAAGAAGAUUUCCUUGAGUCUUUGCCGAAGAGGCUGAUUAUUGGCCUAACAACACUUUUCUUUUCGAUAGCAUCAAUGCUACUUGCUUUUAGUGCAAGCUUUUUCAUUGUGGUUGGACAUCAACUGGCUUGGAUUAUUAUCCCGAUUGCUCUCACAGCUUGUGUUCCAGUCACGCUAUUUGCAUUCUUACAGUUUCCUUUGUUGGCUGAUGUUAUGCACUCUACUUAUGGAUCAGGAAUAUUUUCCAUGGAAAGGAACGAAAGGCUUUAUUAGGCUAUUUAUGAGCUGAUUACUCUAUUAUGAGAUUACAGAGUAAAACAAAGGACACUUUUUAUAAUUAUACAUUUGACUUGUGCAAAUUAGCUUACCACUUAUGAUUAUUAUUUCAGCUUUCUGUACUUUCGAUG